AUGGUGAAUUUAACUAAUUUCCAAAACAACGUCACGCGCCCGGCUUCUAACCUAAACACCCUGAAUCUCAAACUAGUCUGGAUAACCAUUUUGACCCCGACUCUGAUUUGCUUCCUCUGCUUCUUUUACGUUAUCGUCAUCAUACUGAAAGUCUUCUUCACUGCCCCCCACGUCCAAGAGAACGGCCGCUAUGUGCUCUUUGUCCACAUGCUUAUCAACGAUUCGAUGUACCUGACGCUGGCUAUGGUCCUGUUGGUCUCCUCUCUGUACGACGUUUUCUUCCCCAUUUCCAUUUGCUAUUUGCUAGUUACGGCAUCUUCGGUAUCUUUCAAGGUGACGCCGUUAAACUUAGCAGUCAUGUCUUUGGAGCGCUACGUCGCCAUCUGCUUCCCGCUGAGGCACGCGGAGUUCUGCACCAGUCGGAAAUCGGGUAUCGCUAUUAUGAUCAUCUGGACCGUGGGGCUGAUCCCUCAUAUCGCCGAUAUCAUUAUUCUGGCCUCUGUGGUUAAGAGCGGCUAUUUCUCGCAUUACGUGCUGUGCAGCCGGGCAUCGUUUCUAAAUACCCCAGCGCAGAGCUUUCUAAGGUCCUUCGGUCACGCCAUGACCUUUUCCAUGGUGGGACUGGUAAUUGUGUUCACCUACGUGAGGAUCAUGGUGGUUGCGUUGAAGAUCGACUCAAGGAAAGGCUCUGCCUCCAAGGCCGGUAAAACCGUCAUGCUUCACGCCGUCCAGCUCCUGCUGUGCGUGACGGCGUUUGCUUACCCCAUCAUUGAGAUGUACCUCCUACAGUACACUUUAUUGAUACCGGUGAUCAACUUCUGCCUCUUCAUGUUUCUGCCGCGGUUCCUGAGCCCUCUGAUAUACGGGAUAAGAGAUAAUGUAUUCCGUGAGUAUAUAAGGAGAUAUUUUUUCUGUAUACCUGUAAGGAUAAACUCUACUCCGCCUACAGACUGAUUAAUAAAAGCAACUU